AUGACAGCAGUGGGGCACCGCGGUCUGCAUUGGGUCGCUAGCGGACUUUACGGCGUUAUGACAGCGUUAAAGGAUCUAUCUCUUUAUGCUGUUAAGGCGAUUUUGAUUCUGGACAAUGAAGGGAAGCGGAUAAUUGUCAAGUAUUACGAUAACACAUUUCCAUCCUUGAAGGCACAAUUGGAUUUUGAGAAGAAGUUGUUUUCAAAGACCAGCAAAAGUGCUUAUGCUGAAAUCACCCUCUUUGAGGGGACUACUUGUGUUCAUCGCACGACCUCGGAUAUCUACUUCUACAUAAUCGGCGAUGUUAACGAAAACGAGCUUAUGCUUAUGAAUGCCCUCACCUGCUUGCAUGACUCAAUCACACAAAUUCUGCGAGGUAACUUGGAGAAGAAAACUCUUCUUGAUAACCUCGAACUCAUCUACCUGGCUGUGGAUGAACUGUGCGACGAAGGGAUAAUCAUGGAAUAUGACUCUGCUGCGCUGGCUUCGCGGGUCGGAAUCAAACCCGAAGAAACAUCCCUUAGUGAACAAACGGUUACACAGGCAAUGCAAGCCGCCCGCGAGCAGAUCAAAAUGGCCCUUCUGCGAUAG